AUGUUCAAAAACCUGAAGGAGAAGCAUGCGGCCCUGUUCGACUCUAAGCCAUCCAAUGAGUCCCAGGAUGGUGACCGCGGUCAAGAUCUUAGCUCGAUCCUGGACCGGUCGCAGCGUGCGGACUUGACCAUGCUUGUGGCAGAGAUAGCCGAGUCAAUGCGGGUCAGCGUUCUGGAGGUCUUUGAGCAUUCAAGCGAUGAGCCUCCCAAUGACUCUUCUCCGCCUUGGUCUCCGCCAAAAGAUGAACAUGGCGAAGAUAGGCCAACGCUACCUCCUAGACCCCAGAACAGUGCGACUUCUGGAGAUGAAAAGAAACAGCAGUCUGGGGCUAGUACCAAGACAUGGAGACCCCACGAUAAAGUGACUGCGCUCUCGCAUUUCGAUGACUGGAGAGAUUCAGUAUUGCUUCGGAUUGGCGAAGUCGUCAACAAAGAUGAUGAGGGUCAAGGGCAAGAUCAAGAUAGCGACAAAGAAGAUACUUCGAGCGUUGUCAACUCCGACAGUCUUCCAUUGGACGAGGAUAAGGGUCGAAUGGAAAAAUUGCAAGAAAUUUAUCAUCCUGUGGAGACACCGCUAGUCCAUCUUCCAAAAGCGAAGCAACUUCUGAUUCUUUAUUCGCUCCUCUUGUUAUUGCUCAGUCUCCAGCACUACAGUGCCUAUUCCCGAGUCUUGAUGCUCUAUGUCACAUCCAGUCUGGAAAUUGACAUCAACAUACUCAACCAAGAUGAAGUCAAAGUGGCACGUGGGCUGCUCGAUACUGCCCUGGCACUCUCGUCUGGCCCAGAGAAUAAAGAGCAACCAAAGAAAAAGGACGACAUGAAGAAGUGGAAGGUCGGCAUUGCAUCUGUGGCCGGCGCGGCUCUCAUCGGCCUGACAGGCGGGCUCGCCGCCCCGCUGGUGGCGGCGGGUCUUGGAACCAUCAUGGGUGGUCUGGGACUUGGUGCCACAGCUGCCGCGGGCUACCUGGGUGCUCUGGCCGGCAGCAGUGUGAUUGUUGGGGGUCUGUUCGGCGCCUACGGGGGACGCAUGACUGGUCGCAUGAUGGAAAAGUACGCCCGUGAAGUGGACGACUUCGCGUUCAUUCCGACCCGCGGGCCACGACGGCGGUCGGAGAAAGAGAGUGACGCGGCCAAGCAAGAUCAUCGACUGCGAGUGACCAUUGGCGUGACGGGAUGGGUGAAAGAGGAAUCGAACUUUGUAGUUCCUUGGCGAGUGCUCGGUGCUGACUCGGAAGUGUUUGCUCUGCGCUGGGAGAUGGAACCAUUGAUGAAUCUGGGAAAUUCCAUUUCGGCCUUGGUGACGAGUGCCGCAUGGUCUGUAGCUGGUCGAGAGGUCUUGGCCCGCACUGUAUUUGCGUCGCUCAUGUCUGCCGUGAUGCUGCCACUAGGUCUUAUGAAGGUUGCCAGCGUUGUCGACAACCCGUUCAGUGUUGCUAAGUCUCGAGCUGACAAAGCGGGAGAGGUGCUUGCGGAUGCGUUGAUCAACAAAGUCCAAGGCGAGAGACCCGUCACCCUGAUUGGAUACUCGCUCGGAUCUCGCUUGAUCUUCUCCUGCCUUCAAAGCCUUGCAAAGAGAGGGGCAUAUGGUAUCGUGGAAUCGGUCAUUCUGAUGGGAUCUCCAACACCCUCCAACGCCGAGCACUGGCAGCGCAUGCGCAGCGUGGUGACCGGGCGGCUGGUCAACGUUUAUUCAGAAAACGACUCCGUCCUUGCCUUUCUUUACCGCACCAGCAGCCUUCAGCUAGGCAUUGCCGGAAUCCAGCGCGUCGAGAACGUUCCCGGUGUCGAAAAUUUUGAUGUCAGCGAGAUGAUCAGCGGUCACCUGCGCUACCAGUAUCUACUGGGAAAUAUUCUGUCGUCCAUCGGCCUGCAAGAUAUCGAUGCUCAAGAAGUGAAGCGCGAGGAAGCCGCACUCGUCGCUGAAGACCGACGACAGGAACAAGAACGUCUUCACAAUGAGCGUGAAGCCGGGGUCACAGAUCGUGACUCGUCGACUGCCCGCGAGACGUUGAACAGCCAGAAUGGGUUUGGCGGCGAAGAUGCUCGGCUACAGAAGCAGGUGGAGAGCCGGACGCAGGAGAACAUGACGAAUCAUCGGAUUCAAAUGUUAGACUUGGAUGAUGAUUACUCGGCGCCCUUGGACGAACACCCUUCCAAACACUCUGUGUUGUAG